AUGGGCCAAGGCCGGCACUGUGGCAUUCUCAUCAUAUCUGCAGCCACUCUGAAUGCCUCUGGCUUUUACCGCUGCUUUCUCAGCGCCAGUGAAGUAUUCACUCAUGGCACUUACCUGCAGGUCUACAAGCCUCUUGAGAAGACCAUACAACUGAGUGAAAGUGUCAAGAAUGGCAUCCUAACUGCAGAAGGAGUCCUGCUACUGUUAUGUGUGCUGCUGCCUUCAGUCACCCUGCUUUUCAAGGGUCUCGACCUGGAUCACUGUGCUGCAUAUGAUCAAAUUGUACACCAGCAAGAACGGGGCCCUUAUGAAGACGUGGGCAACAAUGAGGACAUCCAGCUUGAGCAACCAUAG